AUGGUUGAAGGAAAGCCAACCGAAAGAGAAAACAAGAAGGAAGUGAAGAGGCGACGUGACUCGAGCAGCAGUUCUUCGUCAGAUAGUUCGUCUGAAUCUUCCGAAAGUUCAUCGUUUAGCGAUUCUUCUUCGACUUCACGCUCUGGCACAACGACGAGUUCGGAAUCUUCCAGAUCACCUACUCCUAGAAAAGCUAAAGACCGAGCACGAAGUCCAGUCCGCCGUUCGCGUUCGCCUCGAAUUGGUGCGCGAGCAGAGCGUAGUGAAAAAGCGGUUAUCGCAUCCUCUCGUCGAUCGCCGACUCCUGAACGACGCCGACGACGUUCAUCACCAUCUCCAAAACGCCGACCAUCACCGUCUCCUAAGAGACGAGACCGAAGCGGUAGCCGAGAUAGACGUAAUCGUUCGCGUUCGCGAGAGCGUAAGGCAAGUCCAAUCCGCAAAGCAACGCCACCACCCCGUCGUCUGUGUGUGCGUAAUUUGAGUCGCAAUGUUACAAAGGAACAUUUGUCGGAAAUUUUUAGUGUCUACGGAAGUUUAAAAACCUGUGAGCUGCCUAUGGAUCGACAACAUACACAUCUUGGCAGAGGAUAUGGAUACGUAGAGUUCGAACAACCGGAAGAUGCGGAGAAAGCGUUGAAACACAUGGACGGUGGACAGAUUGAUGGUCAGGAAGUCACUUGCGAACUUACACAUCCACCUCGUUCCGCGCUUAAUGGAAGUGGAAGACGUCCGCUCUCGCCACUCCGAUUUCGUGGCCUUUCACCACGUAGAUAUCGUAGUCCACCUCGUUCGCACGGAACCGGCGGAAACAUGGUGCCACUGGGGCCAAGUCGCUUCAAUCGAUCUCGAAGCCGCAGUCCACGACGACGACGCAGCCGCUCUUAA